AUGGGUGGUAAACCUGGGAACCCCGAUGUUGAUGUAGAGGUCGAGGUGAUCAGAUUCCAGGCCGAGCAAGAUCACGCAGCGAUUAUCUUUCUGUUCAGGAAACGAGUGUUCCAUCUUGCCAUCGUCCGCUCCGCGAUCCCGGACAGCGCUGCCAGACUCGAUAUUGUGCGACAGCUAUGGUCGGACACCCCGUGCAAGGGCGACACGAUCCGCAAUCUGGCCUUCGAUUGCCGGCCUAUCUUCCGCAUCCGUGGAGCACAGGCCUCGACGAACCUCGCAUCUCAUCUGGUAUCCAUGCAGGUGUCGUCCCAUGCCGGCCGCGCGCAUGUUAUCGAUCUCGGCGACCGGCGAUCCCUCACUAGUAGUCCUCCACGGAUCGAGCUGGCGGAGCAAGGAAGGCUGAGCUCUGUGCCCCGAUUCCCGCUGUCGGCGGCGGAGGUCGUGGAGGUGAUUGAAGCAGGCUGGCAGUAUCGAGUCAAAAUCAGCCAGCGGGUUUACAUCUACUGCAUCCAGAACAACCCAAAGUUCUGGAACCCGAGCAACGAGGCGCGGUGGCUGCGCGAUGCAGCCAUCCACGAGGUGCAGGGAGUUAUGGGUCUGGACACGCCGUUUCCGGGGAUCUUGUUCCCCGACCGUCCGGAAAACGUGCUGCCCGAGGAUGUGCGGCGGCGACCCAGACCUCUCUCCUACCCUUGGUCGACCGGGCUGCGGCAGAUCGAGCCCCCCAGCCCCUUCUUCAAGUCGAACUGGCGCGCAGAAUGGGUCUUCCCCUGUGGAGACGACCUCAUCUUCCGAUUCAACUCCAGUGGGACUUUUGCCCACCUGAUCUUCGAGUCCCGAGACCGGCUGGUGAACCAGCCACAGACCAGCCCGAUGCGCUGGCGCGUGGCGGAGGAACAGUGGAGCGAGAUGAUCGCCCGGAUCGGUGAGUACCACUUCAACAUGAUGAUGACGAUGACCUCGCACCUCCCCAACCACUUCGAGCGCCUGCGGUCCCAAUUCAUCCCUAUCCGUCUCGGUCGCCCCAAUCGGACCCCGGUCCCUUCACCUGACGUGAGUGUUGGCGCUCCUGCCAGCGACAACACCACCACCAACAGCAACAACUACACGGACGACCCCGUCACAUGGCCCAUGCUCCCGCCCUCGGCCCAAGCCCGCCUCCGCCACCUGCCCCAGUACGAUACCUCAGCAGUCCGCAUCAACUUCGUAGUCCGAGCCGGAACGUACUACAACAUCACCAUCGACAGGGUGGAGAUGAUGUGCGACUUUCUGGACCAGCCCCAGCGGCUGGACGAGUGGGUGACCGGGGUGGAACGGCUGGAGCGGGCGAGCUCCUCGGCAGGUUCUUUCCACCCCUCAGUGCGCUGCCCGCAGCUGCUGGGGAUUUUGGAUCUGAACGGACCCUUCCCUGCUGUCCUAACGGCCUACAUCCCCAGUACCUUGCGGCUGCCAGACAUAAGACAUUGGGAGACGACGCUCGACCAGCGACGCGGGUGGUACCGGCAGCUCCGCGAGGCGGUCCGGUCCCUGCGGCGGCGCGGCGAGCCCUGGCCCGGCGAGCUGCACAAUGUCCUCAUCGAUGAGCCAAGCGGCAACCUCUGGCUGCUGCGGUUCGUGUCCUGGGCACCGCCGCGCGUACUUCUGGAUGUGCAAGUCUUGCGGGAAGCCCGCCAGUUGUUGGGGCUCGCGGAGUUGGAGGCGGAACCCGAUUUGGGAGAGGGUCUGGAUGCGCUAUGA